UGCAAAAAAGCCAUGCGAGAUGAUGAUUAUGAUGAGGCAGACGGAGCUCGGAUGGGGCGUUCCGCGAGGAAAAGGCAGCUCCUCGUCCCCCUGUUUGUGUCGGGAAGUUCAGGGGGCGAUGUUGGCGAGCUGGUUCAGGGGGUGAUGCGUCGGCGUGAGUUUUUACACAGGACUUGCAGUGAAUGGAGGAGGACACUUUUUACUAGAGGUUUAACUCGUCUAAAGAUAUCAAGUGUUUGGGAUACACCGAGUGGAACAGGAUCAGGAUCACCAUGUUUCGAAACAGUCUCAAGAUGCUUCUCACAGGAGGGAAGUCAAACCGCAAAAACAGGUCCAGUGAUGGAGGGAACGAGGAGCCACCAGACCGAAGACAGGCAAGUGUAGACUCCCGUCAGAGCCGAGCUGGGCAAGGCACCUCCACAGAGAACGACUGUGCUUUUGAACCCGACUACGCAAUUCCUCCUCUCCCAGUGACCGAAGGUAUGCAGCACAUUCGGAUUAUGGAGGGCAUGUCCCGCUCCCUUCCAUCCUCCCCCUUACUCACACAUCAGUCUAUCAGUGUUCGGCUCCAACCUGUGAAGAAGUUAACUGCCCCUUUGAGGAAAGCAAAGUUUGUGGAGAGCCCUCGAAUCCCAGAGUCUGAGCUUGGCUCCCCAACCCUCUCUGCAGCCCAGAAGCUGGACGUUGAUGCUUUCUGCCCUGGUGACACUGAGCAGGAGCUGGGACCCCCUCCAUCCGUAGAUGAGGCAGCAAACACACUCAUGACUCGCCUGGGCUUCCUCCUCGGAGAGAAAGUCACGGAGGUUCAGCCAGGGCCCCAGUACAGCAUGGAGGUGCAGGAUGAGAACCAGAGCUCGGCGGUGACGCAGCGCAUCAGCCCCUGCUCCACCCUGACCAGCAGCACGGCCUCGCCGCCCGCCAGCAGCCCCUGCUCCACCCUCCCUCCCGUCAGCACCAGUGUCACGGCCAAGGACUGCACCUACGGAGCCGUCACCAGCCCCACCUCCACCCUGGAGAGCCGGGACAGCGGCAUCAUCGCCACUCUGACAAGUUACUCCGAAAAUGUGGAACGCACUAAAUAUGGAGGGGAAAGCAGCAAAGAGCUUGGAUCUGGAGGAAACCUGAAACCUUGGCAGUCCCAGAAAUCCAGCAUGGACUCGUGCCUGUACCGUGUGGACGAGAACAUGACGGCCUCCACCUACAGCCUCAACAAAAUCCCCGAGAGGAACCUGGAGACCGUCCUGUCCCAGUCGGUGCAGUCCAUUCCUCUUUACCUUAUGCCACGGCCAAACUCAGUAGCAGCCACCAGCUCGGCCCACCUGGAGGACCUGGCGUACCUGGACGAGCAGAGACACACCCCCCUGCGCACCUCGCUGCGGAUGCCGCGGCAGAGCGUGGCCGGCGCCCGGGCACAGCAGGACCUGAGAGUGCGGUUCGCGCCCUACAGACCCCCCGACAUCUCCCUGAAGCCGCUGCUCUUCGAGGUGCCCAGCAUCACCACCGAGUCCGUGUUCGUGGGCCGCGACUGGGUGUUCCACGAGAUCGACGCGCAGCUCCAGAGCUCCAACGCCAGCGUCAACCGGGGCGUGGUCAUCGUCGGCAACAUCGGCUUCGGCAAAACCGCCAUCAUCUCCAGGCUGGUGGCGCUCAGCUGCCACGGCACCCGCAUGAGGCAGAUCGCCUCGGACAGCCCCCACGCCUCCCCGAAGCAUGUGGAUGCCAACCGGGAGCUGCCCCUGACCCAACCACCUUCUGCUCACCCGUCCAUCACCAGCGGGAGCUGCCCGGGCACCCCCGAGAUGCGCCGGCGCCAGGAGGAGGCCAUGAGGAGAUUGGCCUCACAGGUCGUGGCCUAUCACUACUGCCAGGCCGACAACGCCUACACCUGCCUGGUGCCCGAGUUCGUGCACAACGUGGCCGCCCUGCUGUGCCGCUCCCCGCAGUUCGUGGCCUACCGGGAGCAGCUGCUGCGCGAGCCCCACCUGCAGAGCCUGCUCAGCCUGCGCUCCUGCGUCCAGGACCCCAUGGCCUCCUUCCGCAGGGGCGUCCUGGAGCCCCUGGAGAACCUGCACAAAGAGAGGAAGAUCCCUGAUGAAGAUUUCAUUAUACUCAUUGAUGGUUUAAACGAGGCUGAAUUUCACAAGCCAGAUUAUGGAGACACCAUAGUAUCAUUCCUGAGCAAAAUGAUUGGAAAAUUUCCUUCCUGGCUGAAGCUGGUAGUGACAGUCAGGACAAGUCUACAGGAAAUAAUUAAGCUGUUGCCCUUCCACAGAAUAUUUUUGGAUAGACUGGAAGAGAACGAAGCCAUCGACCAGGACCUGCAGGCUUACAUCCUCCACCGGAUCCACAGCAGCUCGGAGAUCCAGAACAACAUCUCGCUCAACGGCAAAAUGGACAACACCACGUUCGGCAAACUCAGCUCUCACCUCAAGACCUUGAGCCAGGGGUCCUACCUGUACCUGAAACUCACUUUUGAUCUCAUAGAGAAAGGAUACCUGGUGCUAAAAAGCUCCAGCUACAAGGUGGUGCCCGUGUCCCUGUCCGAGGUGUACCUGCUGCAGUGCAAUAUGAAGUUCCCAACACAGUCUUCCUUUGACCGGGUCAUGCCCCUCUUGAAUGUGGCAGUGGCUUCUCUGCACCCAUUAACAGACGAACAUAUUUUUCAGGCCAUUAAUGCAGGUAACAUUGAGGGCACUUUGGAGUGGGAGGACUUUCAGCAGAGGAUGGAGAACCUUUCUAUGUUUCUUAUCAAACGUAGAGAUAUGACGCGAAUGUUUGUUCAUCCCUCUUUCCGAGAAUGGCUUAUUUGGAGAGAAGAAGGUGAAAAGACCAAGUUUCUUUGUGAUCCUAGGAGUGGCCACACCCUACUUGCCUUCUGGUUUUCCCGACAAGAAGGAAAAUUAAAUCGACAGCAAACUAUUGAACUGGGACAUCACAUUCUCAAAGCUCAUAUUUUUAAGGGGCUGAGUAAAAAAGUUGGGGUGUCUUCCUCCAUCCUCCAAGGGCUUUGGAUCUCCUACAGUACUGAAGGUCUUUCCAUGGCUUUGGCAUCUCUGAGAAAUCUCUACACCCCGAACAUAAAGGUCAGUCGGCUGCUGAUUUUGGGAGGUGCAAACGUGAAUUACAGGACAGAAGUCCUGAACAACGCCCCCAUCCUGUGUGUCCAGUCCCACCUGGGCUACGCCGAGAUGGUGGCUUUGCUCCUGGAGUUUGGGGCCAACGUCGAUGCCGCCUCGGAGAGCGGCCUGACCCCCCUUGGCUACGCGGCUGCUGCCGGGUUCCUGAGCAUCGUGGUGCUGCUGUGCAAGAAAAGGGCCAAGGUGGAUCAUCUGGACAAGAACGGUCAGUGUGCCCUGGUCCACGCCGCCCUCAGAGGACACUUGGAAGUGGUGAAGUUCUUGAUCCAGUGUGACUGGAGCAUGGCUGGGCAGCAGCAGGGGGUGUUCAAGAAGAGCCACGCCAUCCAACAGGCCCUGAUUGCCGCCGCCAGCAUGGGCUACACCGAGAUCGUCUCCUACCUGCUCGAUCUGCCAGAAAAAGAUGAAGAGGAGGUGGAGAGAGCACAGAUCAACAGCUUUGACAGCCUUUGGGGAGAGACAGCUCUGACGGCGGCGGCCGGGCGCGGGAAGCUGGAGGUGUGCCGGCUGCUCCUGGAGCAGGGCGCGGCCGUGGCACAGCCCAACCGCCGCGGGGUCGUCCCGCUCUUCAGCGCCGUCAGGCAGGGCCACUGGCAGAUCGUGGAUCUCCUGCUCACGCACGGCGCCGACGUGAACAUGGCAGACAAGCAGGGCAGGACACCACUGAUGAUGGCAGCGUCCGAGGGGCACCUGGGCACCGUGGAGUUCCUGCUUGCACAAGGUGCCUCCAUUUCUCUGAUGGACAAGGAGGGGUUGACAGCCCUGAGCUGGGCCUGUCUGAAGGGCCACCUGCCCGUGGUGCGUUCCCUGGUGGAGAACGGAGCUGCCACCGACCACGCGGACAAGAACGGGCGCACGCCGCUGGACCUGGCGGCCUUCUACGGCGACGCAGAGGUGGUUCAGUUCCUGGUGGACCAUGGGGCCAUGAUCGAGCACGUCGACUACAGCGGGAUGCGGCCCCUCGACAGGGCCGUCGGCUGCCGCAACACCUCGGUCGUCGUCACCCUCCUGAAGAAAGGAGCAAAGAUAGGUUGUCAGACGUUACCGAGUCGCCCACGAGGUCCAGCAACAUGGGCGAUGGCAACCUCCAAACCAGACAUCAUGAUCAUCCUGUUGAGCAAGCUGAUGGAGGAGGGAGACAUGUUUUAUAAGAAAGGUAAAGUGAAAGAGGCUGCCCAGCGCUACCAGUACGCUCUGAAAAAGUUCCCCAGGGAAGGGUUUGGAGAAGACCUGAAAACCUUCCGUGAGCUGAAGGUGUCGCUGCUCCUCAACCUCUCCCGGUGUCGAAGGAAAAUGAAUGAUUUUGGGAUGGCGGAGGAGUUUGCCACUAAAGCUCUGGAGCUGAAACCGAAGUCUUACGAAGCUUACUAUGCAAGAGCAAGGGCCAAACGCAGCAGCAGGCAGUUUUCAGCAGCCCUGGAGGACCUGAACGAGGCCAUCAAGCUGUGUCCCAACAACCGUGAGAUCCAGCGGCUGCUGCUGCGGGUGGAGGAGGAGUGCAGGCAGGUGCAGCAGCAGCAGCAGCCGCCGCCGCCGCUCCCGGCAGAGCCGGAACCCGAAGCCCAGCACGAAGAGCUGUACUCUGUGCAGGAUAUCUUCGAGGAGGAGUACCUCGAGCAGGACGUAGAAAAUGUUUCCAUUGGCCUGCAGACAGAGUCCAGGCCAAACCAAGGGCUGCCCAUCAUCCAGAGCCCACCCCCGUCCCCAGCUCACAGGGACUCGGCCUAUAUCUCCGGCUCGCCUCUUGGCUCUCAUCAGGUCUUUGAUUUCAGGUCCAACAGCUCCGUGGGGUCUCCAACCAGGCAGGGCUACCAGUCCACGUCUCCUGCUCUGUCUCCGACGCACCAAAACUCACAUUACAGGCCCAGUCCUCCACACACGUCCCCGGCUCACCAGGGCUCCACGUACCGCUUCAGCCCCCCUCCCGUCGGAAGCCAAGGGAAGGAAUAUCAGAGCCCGCCGCCGUCUCCUCUUCGCAGAGGCCCCCAGUACCGCGCCAGCCCUCCUGCAGAGAGCAUGAGCGUCUACAGGUCACAGUCGGGCUCCCCGGUGCGUUACCAGCAGGAGCCCAGCGGGGUCACCCAGCUCCCCGGCAGACCCAAGUCUCCGCUCUCCAAGAUGACACAGAGAUCCUUCCAGAUGCCCCAGCUCCCCGUGGCCGUGCCCCAGCAGGGGCUGAGGCUGCAGCCAGCCAAGGCACAGAUCGUGAGGAGCAACCAGCCCAGCUCCGCCGUCCACUCCAGCACUGUCAUCCCCACCGGGGCCUACAGCCAGGUCGCCCACUCGAUGGCCAGCAAGUACCAGUCGUCGUCGGGGGACAUGGGGGUCAGCCAGAGCAGGUUGGUCUACCAGGGCUCCAUCGGGGGCAUCGUGGGCGACAGCAGGCCCGUGCAGCACGUGCAGGCGAGCCUCAGCGCCGGGGCCAUCUGUCAGCACGGAGGGCUGGCCAAGGAAGACCUUCCCCAGAGGCCGUCCUCGGCGUACAGAGGGGGGAUGAGGUACAGCCAGACACCUCAGAUCGGGCGGAGCCAGUCCGCUUCCUACUAUCCCGUGUGUCACUCCAAGCUCGACCUGGAGCGUUCUCCCCUCCCCGCCAACCAGCUGGGCUCUCCAGAUGUGUCUCAUCUCAUAAGAAGGCCCAUCUCAGUUAAUCCCAGCGAAAUCAAGCCUCACCCGCCGACUCCCAGGCCGCUGCUGCACUCUCAGAGCGUGGGCCUGCGCUUCUCCCCUUCCAGCAAUAGCAUCUCCUCCACCUCCAACCUGACUCCCAACUUCCGCCCUUCCGCCUCGAUUCAGCAAAUGGAGAUUCCCCUCAAGCCGGCCUACGACAGAUCGUGCGACGAGCUCUCUCCGGUGUCCCCCACGCAGGGGGGUUAUCCCAGCGAGCCGGCCCGCUCCCGGACCACGCCCUUCAUGGGAAUCAUAGAUAAAACCGCUCGGACUCAGCAGUACCCCCACCUCCAUCAGCAGAACCGGACCUGGGCCGUGUCGUCAGUGGACACUGUCAUUAGUCCCACGUCUCCUGGCAAUCUGCCCCAGCCGGAAUCCUUUAGCCCGCCCUCUUCAAUCAGCAACAUUGCCUUUUAUAACAAAACCAACAAUGCACAGAAUGGCCAUUUGCUAGAGGAAGACUAUUACAGCCCCCAUGGGAUGCUGGCCAAUGGGUCCCGGGGAGACCUCCUGGAGAGAGUCACCCAAGCCUCCUCGUACCCCGACGUCAAGGUGGCAAGGACGCUGCCCGUGGCGCAGGCCUACCAGGAUAACCUGUACAGGCAGCUCUCCAGGGACUCCAGGCAAGGGCAGACGUCCCCAAUCAAACCAAAGAGACCAUUUGUGGAGUCUAAUGUGUAAAAGACGCUUGUUGGAGUAAGACCCUCAUGUUUUCAGCACACACACUUCCAAGCUUGAUUUCCAUGCAUAUUAUUAUUAUUAUUAUUAUUAAUUAUUAUUAUUAUUAUUAUUAUUAUUUUUAUUUCUCUCUGGUAGCUACAUGACCAAGUUUCUCCGGUACUUUGUGUGGUGGUCAGACAGCCAUGCACGUGCUCCAGCCCUUUCGUUCCCCAGCUGACCGUGAAGCCAACAUCAGCCGAGCCAGUAUCGUUUGCCCAAUUCCAGCAAAGUUCCAACCAGGAUAUCUUAGUCCGUGGUGCGGGGUGGCCCAGAGAUAUCCCUACGCAGCGGGAGGUAACCAGCUCUUUUUCAAGAGACAAUUGCCUUCGAUUUAAAUUGGUUUCUUUUGUCUCGAUGAGCUCUUACUCAAUUCUGAUGGGAAUUCCUAGGGAUCACAGGAGCCUUCCCAAGGCUUGAUCUGCGGGUCCCAGUGCCAGCCAGGUCGUUUGGCUCUUUGCCCCAAAGAGCCAAUUACCCUCAGCGAGCGAGGCCUGAGGGUGAUGUGACGUAACACCAGUAGCUAUGCACAACACCCAUCCUGAUUCCUCUGGUUUCCAGCAUUUUAAUCCCAGUUGGAUUCCUUCCUCCUUUAACCGCGUCAUCGGUGGUGGGGUGGGGAUCACUUUGCUGCUUUCCAAGUACCUGCCAGGUGCCCCUACACUGAUUUCGUUGCUCUGGGACGUUUUACAAGCAUUGAGGGCUUAAGGUUGGCCCUUUCUUUACGUGUUUUAAUCAGCCAAGGGAAUUGGCCAGGAAUCUCUUGUGUGUGAACCGGGAUAGCACCAACUUCCUUAGACCAUUGGCAAACUGCACCUCACACACAGCAUUUGCACCAGGGAGGGUCAGUGCUGGGGCCUUCAUUUGUGGGGGGGGAUUUAUCACUUGCGAGGAAGAACAAAAAUCUGACUUAAAAAAUGGUAUUCAAGGAGAAAAAUCACAAUUUUUAAUUUUUAAUUUUUUUUUUUUUAUGAUGAGGAUGCAGAACGUGGCAUGGUGGGUCCCAAAAGAGAAAGGGUCCUUCUGCAAUCCCAGCCCUGCAGCAUCCCUUCCCUCCAGCUCGCUCCCACCAGAGAGCCAGGGCUGUAGCAAGGGCUGCACCUCUCUAAGAUCCCUUCCCAAAAUCCUGGAAAGCAAUGCUGUGUUCCAGAGCUGUACACGGCAGAGACCAUGUUUUGCUUUUUGAGGAGCUGUAGUUAAAAGACACCUAUUUAUAAUUUAUUUAUGUUACCUAUUUCAGGACAUUUUUUCAUUUGGGGUUUUUUUAUGUUGUUUCUGGGAUUUUAACCCAAAUGCAAGUCACAUCAAGAUGACGUGAAAAGCAGGGGCCGGUUCCAAGAUCCUUUUUAUAGGAUUUUCAAUAAGUUUUCAAUUAUUCACCGAAAAUUUCUUUUGGGUUGGGGGGGGUAAGAACUUCCUUUACCGAUUCCCUUAUUCCUGGUGGGAAUUCCUCCGUUCCUGAGGGCGAAGGGUGGGAUGCCGGGGAGGGGGAGAGCGAUAACCCUGUAGCUUGUUUUAAAGCAAACUUAGUGCCUGUUGCCCGAUGCCGAACCUCACUCAUAUCAACUCUUGGGAGCGAUCUCAGUGCUGAGCAGGGGAGCGAUACCUUCCGGGGUCUCCAAAGGGCUAAAUGUGAAUCGAUUGCAAGACUUCUUGAACCAAAUCAUGGGCUCCAACCUUGGCUGGUGUCAGUGAGCACAUCCCAGCGCCACUUCACUGCAGCUGCAGCCAUUCCCACCAGCUCGGGACUGGGUCCGAAACUCCUUAAGCAAACCCUGGCUUCGAUGGGGCUUUUUGUUUUCUUCCCUGUGUGGGGCUCAGCAUAUCCUGUUGCUGUUUUGUUGCCUAAUUUGCUCAGAGCAAGCUGGGACGUGCAAACCUUGGGGGGUGAUGGAGGCUUGUGUCUCAUAGACACAUGGAGAGCAUUCAGGGGAGUGUUUCCUCGAUGAGUUUUGGCCAUUUUGGGCUAUUUGGUCUUUGUCCGAGCCGGUAUUUGGAUUGAGGUUGGUGUUUUCUUCCUUGAGGUGCAACCCAGCGCUGACUCUUUGCUUUACCACAGGGUAAAGUGGGGGCCAGACUGGGACCCCCUCGGUGGGGGAAGUCCCCCACGGCCGUGGGGACACCCAGCUCUGUGUCCUGUUUCUCUCCUUGCAAAGGGGGUGCGAUGGUUUUCUUUCUCCCUCUCUUUUUUCAAGCAGCACGUUCUGCUUUUGUAAGGAACGGCCGAUUUCUCCUCCGCAUCCCGCGCGCCCACAGCCGGCACACGUAUCCUGGGUCUGGAGCUGAACCAGCUGCUUUGCUCAGCACCUCUCAUCCUCCAGCUUUCUGCCCGAGUGGCUUCCUACCUUUAGUUGCUUCUUUGAAAGGAAAAAGUAACCAAAUUUCAGCCCCAUCCCUGUUUUUCCCGGCCGAGCGAGGCGUGCUGCGGCCGCACUCCCGUUCUCCCCGCUGAGAUGCCAACGGGACGCUCCGAGAGCAGCGAUGGGAGAACUGCCCGUGCUUUGCUUUCGCUGCUCACUGCCUUGUGCUCCCAGUCCUGUCCUUCAGAACGUCCCCUCACAGCACUUCUGUGUGUAACUUUCGGGCUUAUGAAGAUGUUUCAAGGGAAGAUGAAAACAGCUCACACUUUUCAACACGAACACCAAGCUGAAGAAGGCUUAAAACACUGCGGCGUGCAGGUUUUUUCACAGUUCCACGUGUUACAUUUUUCACAGAAUUCUUGCACUAAUGGUUUUCCAUCUGUUCUCUCUGUAAAUGGGUGCACUUUACUGUUUGAAUUUGUUACUAUGAUAAAUACUGGAUAUUUAAGCGUGAGUAGUGUCUUCAUUAGAAAAAUAGCAAAACAGCUCUUGUCUCUUAGUGUAUUUUUCAAAAAAAGAAAGGAGAAAAAAGAAAAGAAACGAAGCAAUGAAUCAUAACAUUUAUAGCACAAGAACUGACUCCUGUAUAUAAGCAUCAACAGAUUGAGUAAUUUUUGAAUACAAAAUUAUUUGCAGCGGUUUUAAAGCACUUCCCCAGCAAUUCCCUUAGGGACAGUCGAGGCAGGAUGGCUGCUGUGGUCACCAGGUGGGUAAAGGAGCACAUCUCUUCCUGGAAAAGCUGUUCUUACACACUCCCCUGUGUCUUCAAAGUCAUGAUUUGGGCUUGGCAGGUCGUUCUGUGUGGUGCUGCUAUGGUCCUGUUGCAUUCAGGGGAUCAUGAGGUCGGAUCUCACCUGAGGGCCUUUCAUCCUCUACUCUUAGAUCCAGGUCUGACGGGCCCGAGCUGCAUUGUGGGAUCACAUCCAGAGUUUCAGACAUGGUGCUGUCCUGUCUGUCCAUGCUACAUAUUUAAUUACUCUUUGGGUAAUUAAGAUGCAGGACAAUGCUGCCAGCUGGUGCCUCCAUCCCCUCCUGGCUUCAGUGGCACAGCUGGCGAGCCCCAUCUUCAAGUGAGUGCAGGAUUCUUGGAUGCACCGAGUAAAGCAGGUUCUUGAUGACACUGAAACUCCGGGUUCAGUUCUUGGGGUGCACAGGGAAGGCGAUGACAAAGGUGAUGCUGGGAUCAACCCCUUUCUUCAGCCAACCUUCCCACCAGGUGUCUCUCAUCCUCACCUGUGGCUGCUCCAAGAGCCACGUGUGCCUCUGCAGAGCUGGAAUCAUCUCUCCCAGCAUCAGGUGUGGGUGUCUGUCCCAUCCCUCAGUGGGGAUUCAUCGGCUCUUGCUUUGUCUCCCAGGUCAGGAGGAUGCUGUGGUCCCAGGGGAGGGGACACCCACCUGGUGGGGGGCUCUGCGGGGUCCCCCCAGCCAGGCUGGGAGUGGCAGUGGAGGGCUUUGAACACAGUCUUGAGUGGGCACUGAAGUGCUUAGGAAAGGGAGGGUUUUACAGACAGAUCCUUUGGGAUCCAUCUCCAAAGAAGGCACAGCCUGAGCUGCCUUCUCUGUGUCGCUAUUUGGGGGGGGCUGUGCCAGCUCCGACGACCCGAGGCGUGUGUCUGUCCGUCUGUCUGUCCAUCUGCCGUGGCACCAGUGCCCAGCUGGGGCUGUUCGAGCACUGAACUUUUAGGUUAUUUUUCUUUAACUUGGCUGUGAGGGAGCAGCGUGGCUGGUGUGAACACGGGGGUGCGCGUCUGCCAGACACCGGAGCCGCGCCGGGAUCGGGUCUGGAAGCAGGGUGGGUACUAAACUGGGAGCGAUUCAGUCCCCUUCACAAAGGUUGCUGUAUAUUCAGGGUUACCCAGGAGAAGUUUAGCUAAAACCGAAGUGCCAGCUCCGCCUUAUCUAGAGAACCAAGCAAGCCGUCGUGCCUGCUCGUCCUCCGCCUUCCUCGCCCGGGGGGGGGCCCGUGGUGAGCUGUCGGGAGCUCCUUGGUGGUUGUACUUUGCUUUAGUCUUGGGAAUUCAAGAUAACUCUUCUCCCGGGAUAUCGGUGUCUAACCAAGGGCUUAGGGGAAGAGCUGCUGUACCCGCUGGGACCUCUGUGGAUCGAUGCCUUCACCCCGCGCAGUCCGGCGGGGUGUGUGUUGGACACAAAGCACAAUGGUUUGAAAGCGAAUCUGCGUUUUUUUUUUUCAGCUUUGUGUGAAUAAUUGCUGGAUUUUCAUUCAGUCAAACUCUUUUUUCUAAUAUAUAAACCACUAAGGGCUCAAUUCUUUAGCAAAGAUGCGUUCGUGUCCAACUCCUGAUGUACAGCUGGAUCUCACCACAGCUGGGACAGACCGGCCCGAGAGGAGCACAGCGUCACCGGGAAAGCCAGCAGACCCCCAGCCCACCCGCCGUGUCCUUCCUCCUGCUCAUUUUCCAGCUGUCACGGUACUGGGCAGUCAGCAGCCGGGUCCCAUCCGACGGGAUCGCAUCCUGGGGUCAUGGAAACAGAGGGGCUGCUCUGCCAAAAGACUUUGUCCCUUUGGGUGACACUGUCCGGGGACGGUGGUGGGGCGGGGAGGCGUCUCCUCCAGCGGGUCAGGGUUGGGAUGGGUGGGUGGGAGAGCCUCGUGCCCAGGGAAUUGGGUCACCACGGGUCUGCCUCGCUGUGCACUGACCAGCCAGGCACUGAGAGCAGCACUGUGUGCUACGUGCAGCCCCUUCUGUCGCGCCACCGCCAACCCAGAGACUCGUGUGGACUCUGCCAGCACUGCCGGGCUCACCCUGUCCAGCCUUUUCUUUGCCAUAGUGUUGCAUUCAGCGUUCAGUCCCCCUUCUGUCUUCACAUCCGAGAGGAUCUGAGUUGGGUACAAACACGUCCAGUACACCCGCCUUGUGCUUUGUACAAUUCCCUGGUUGCCAUCCUCCGAGACACUUGCUGGGAAGAUCUUUAAGACACUUAAAUUUUCCUUUAGCUUUUCUAUAAUUCCGAUGUAAAGGACUUUCUCUCUGUACAGUAUAUUAUCCAAUGCAUGUUCUGUUCUCUCUACUGAUAUAUUGAACACCACACGGUUGUGAUAUUGUGCAGUGGGAAGAGCAGCCCCUGCCGACAGCGGAGGCCUUUGCCUCUCAUCUCUAAGGAAAGAAGAAAACAUAUUUUUUCCUUUGCUGUAUUUGCUUGAGCAGAGUUUUCUUGUCUGUACAUGUGAGCUGUGAGAUAGAUGUGAAAAGUUCAAAAGAAUGCAUUUCCCCCCCCCCCAAUGUAUACAGAUUGUAAUCUGUACAAUGAAAACUGUAUGUAUGAAAAAAUGUACUUAUUUAUAAAUGGUUAACACUUGGAAA